AUGCCCCUCUUUGCAGUACACCAUCCACCACAGAGGUCUGGUCCACCAACCCUAGCAGUCACCGUCAGCCCCAAAGUGAUCACGGCCGGACUCCUGCCGCAGCUGCGCCUCCCACAGCUGCCCGACACACUCCACCACCCCAUGAUGCCGACGUAUCUCAUUUGCGAGCUUAAGAACCUCGGUGAUUUGUGCAGGAGCCUUUCUGAACAAGAGGGCGACAGCAGGCUGAUCCAGGCAGCUCAGCUGGGGGCGGUGGAGCAGUUACGCCUGUUGAUGGCGGCAGGGGCGGACGUCAGGAUGAGGGACGCGUCCAGGCAGACUGCCCUACAUUGGGCAGCAGACAAGGGACACCUGCAGGUGGCGAGGUGUUUGUUGGAGGGCGGGGCCGAGGCUGACGCCAGGGACAGUGGGCAGAGCACACCCGUGCAUGUGGCUGCACUGUACGGCCACACGGCUCUCGUGCAGCUACUGCUGGAGUGGAAAGCCGACCCCAACGCCAGGAACGAGUUGGAGAGGACACCUCUGCACUCUGUGGCAGUCUUUAGCCACGAAGAGUCGGCAGCUGCACUGCUCGAGGCAGGGGCCGACAGAGAGGUCAGCGACGGAGGUGGGAACACCCCUCUGCAACUCGCCAGGCUGUACAACCAGCAGAAACUCGCUCAGAUGCUAACAUAA